UGUGUUCUUUGACGUAAGAGGUUAUAAUGUUUGUAUUGUCUGUUCUUUAUGCAUUUCCAACCCCGAAAAACAUCUGUCAACUAAUGGGAAAAUUCUUUUUUUCGAUGAUGCUACAUGUGAAGUUGCAAAAAUGAUCAUGCUCACAAGCUUUGAUGAGUGAAAAGAAAAUGGGAAAAGUCAUACGAAAGAGGGUAUUUUAUUUUAGUUUCAUCCGUUGUUAUUGCUUCGCGUGCUUUGUGUUAGCUGCCACAAUGUCUUGCCCGUCACCCGACUGGUCACAGCACAACAACGCGUGCAUCAGAUUAGUUUCAGAUGAAGCCACCUGGUCGAUCGCAAAAUCUAGUUGCCAGGAACAAGGAGCUUUUCUUGCGACCAUCCUAACCGCAGAUGAGAACUCGUUUGUGGCGUCCUUGCUCCGCGAGGGCGGCAAGACAAGCGCCUGGAUCGGAGUCAAUGAUCACGUGACACAGGAUCAUUAUGUCUGGGUGGAUGGCAGCCCUAUCGCGUUCACGAACUGGAGUGGGGGUACACCGCCGACCGAUGCUAAUAAGAACUUCGGGCGCAUCGAUGAUAGAGGAGCCUGGCUUACGGAUUUGGAUCAGUUCAUUAGUUGGCCGUAUGUGUGCAAGUACGUUUCUCCAAUGGAAACGCCCCCGUCUGGUGCGUAUUACUCACAGUUAUACACAAGUACACACGGAAAGGUUCUCGUCAAUCACAUUUUUAGCCACAAAAAAAGGGUGACUAUCUUGGAGUGCGCCGGCUUGUGUCUUGUAGACCGUCGCUGCUUAUCGUUUAACUUUAAGCCUCAGGGGGGCACUCAGAUGGGUUUGUGUCAGAUGAAUGACGCCAUUACGGUGGAACACCCUGCUGAUGUUUUUGACGACGCUGAGUCUACGUACGCAGAGCCUUCUCAGUAUACAACAACUGUGCGCGCGAGCAGAAUAUAAAACACUUUAGUAUGAAAGGAGAUACAUUGUGGCCGAUUUGACUUUAGGUCAAGUUUUUCCGUUUCCUCCACUACCAUGUUGUGGUUCAAGAUGGCAAAACAGGAAAAAAAGCAUUUUUAACUGCACUUUUAUUGCAAAACGCUUUAAAAGGUUUUGCUGUAUCAGAAACUUUCAGGGUAUUAUAAAACUAUGAGUACAAAGCUUGUAGUUUCUACAAGUGUUUUUUUAUUUGUGUUUCUUUUUUCUAGAAAGUUUUUGGUAUGUGACAUACAAAGCAACACCUUUUCCUGCAUGCCCCAAGCGAGGAUAAAAACAUUAUUAUUUAAAACUCUAUUAACAUUGUACACACGCUAGAGGUUCAAAGCAAGUCUCUGUCGCGUGUCUUACUUUUAAAAGGGUUUGUUCAAUCAAAGUAUGAGUAUGAAAAACAGAUAUAUUUAUCCACCGACGCAUUACAAACAGAACGCUACGCUGUACAUGUUACAAAGAAACCUUUGAUUAGUUUAGAGCAGAUAGCAUUUGCAUGCACAACAUUUGUGCAAUUGUCGCAAUGUUAGUCAUAUGACGCAAUCUGGACGCAGACCAAUGAUUGACAGAUCAUGAUUGACGUAUCCGUUGUGCCGCUAACCCUUUGAGAUGUUGCCAAACUACGGAAUAAAACAAAGGGAGUAUGUGUCGGAAGUCCAAACAGA